AUGCAGUCCCCCGGGACCCCUCCGUCGAAGCCGCCCGCGCAUGCCGGGGCGCUCGCGGAGGAGGGCCGGAGUGCUCCUGAUGAGACAACCGCCUUGAUCAAGGCGGAGGCUCGCAGCCAGUGUCUUCCUGCCUUCUUGGUUUGCGACUUUACGGCCAACCUGGAAAAACACUUCGGCUGGAAGCUGCUGUUUCUGCUGUGGACGAGCCAACAUCUGCUGAAGGGCUUCACCUUCAGCUUGCUGUUGAAGGCAACGCCGUACUUCUUCCGGCACUACAAAGUAGCUGCCCCGCAGGUACAGAUCUUCUCUGGUGUGGUUGGCCUGCCAUGGGCGAUGAAGCCGAUCGUGGGGCUCACCAGCGACGUGGCGCCGAUCUUCGGGUACCACAAGGCGCCCUACAUCAUUGGGGCCUCCAUCUGCUCCAGCUUCGCCUUCAUGGUGUUGUCGUUCUGGACCGCCACAAGUAUCUCCGUCGGGGUGGUUUGCCUGGUGCUCGUGCACCUCCAGCUUUCAACAGCCGACCUGCUGACGGAGGCGCGCUACGCCGUGGAGAUGCAAAAAGCGCCUGAGGCAGGUCCAGACCUCAUGACCUACGUUUGGGCAGGGAUCAACAUGGCCUCGCUCUUGGCGAUGCUCGUCUCCGGCCCUCUGAUCAGCGAGUACGGCUGGCGUGCAGCCUUCUUCUGCACAUCGAUCCCGGCAGCGCUGGUCCUGGUUCCCAUCGUACUCGGCUGCCUCGAAGAGACCCCCAGAUCACAGGAGGAACUUACCGCGAUCCGACGGCAUUACUUGGAACAUCGGGAGACGUGCUUUCUUUGCCUGAUCAUGCUCUUCAGCACCUUCACGAUCAUGAUUGUUGGCCUCGUCCAGCACGACCCGCGGAUCAACUUCGCGGUCUCCCUGGUCGCGGCCUUGUUUACGCUGCUGUGCUUCUCUUUCUGCCUCACACCAGUCAUCGCCAAAGCGAAUGCCUUUGCCGUGCUCUACACGGGUCUGAGCGCUUCGGUCUCCGGCGCCGCUUUCUACUUCUACACAGACACGCCGGAGAUGUACCCGGCUGGCCCACACUUCUCGGACGUGUUCUUCAACACCGUUCUCGGCACUGUAGGAACAGUGUUCUCACUGCUGGGCAUGCUCAUAUACCAGCGCUACCUUGGCGGACUGCCGUACCGAAUGUUAAUCAAGAUCACCGCUGUCGUCAUGUUCCUGUUCAGCACUUUGGAUGUCAUGAUGUUCGCGCGGCUGAAUGUGAAGCUGGGAAUCCCAGAUCACUGGCUUGUUCUGGGCCUUUCCAUCUGCGAGCAGAUGGUCUACCAAUGGCAGUGGAUGCCGCAGGUGCUGUUGAAUGCCAACCUUUGCCCGCGCGGAAUGGAGGCCACCAUGUUCGCACUCCUUGCAGGAUGUCACAAUCUGGGAACCACCGUGAGCUCCAACUUCGGGGCGGCGCUUCUCCACGUGCUGAAUGUAAAGCCCCGAGGUGUCGCUGGCGAGGAGGCCCAGUUCGAGAACUUGUGGAUUGCCGCGGCCAUCAGCUCCAUCCUUCCCCUGGUGACAGCCGUAUGCCUCAGCCAUCUGCUGCCAGACUGCAGGCAGAAUGAGAAGAUCGGGGCGGUAGCCGACCCCACGCACAACUCCCUGCUGCGGCAAUGGCUGAGCCGGUGA